UAAAAUUAGUCGAAAGACAAUAAUGUUAAAGAGAGAGAAAGAAGUAGAUUGCCAAUUCGAGUGUUGCUUCCGGCAGCAGUGAAUCAGAUUGAAUGGAAUUCCAGGCCACGGCGGCGAGAUUGAGGCCCCGAGGCACAAAGCGGCCGAACGGCGGUGGUGUGGUGGAGAAGCAGGCCGAGGGUAUUUUGGGAAUUCAGAACGACGACGGAACAAUUGGGGAAGACGUGGAGCCAGCAGCGCCAAAGCUUGUUCCCUGGGGGAGGAAGCGGCGGAGGACAGGAUGCGAGGGUAUUUUGGGAAAUCAAAAUGAAGGAGAGGCAAGGGCGGCAAAUUGGUGCACAAGGGCUCCCUUGGACGUGGGGAAAUGUUGCCAUCAAUGUAAGCGAAAUUGUAAGCGAAGAGCGGUGCGGUGCACAAGGUGUCCCGAAAGAGGUAAGCGAAAUAGGUAUUGUCUCCCUUGCAUACGGAGAUGGUAUCCCAACACCUCACAGGAAGCCAUAGCUGAGGCAUGUCCUGUGUGCCGCGGCAACUGCAACUGCACAGCCUGCCUUCGAUUGGAUGUGCGUUUCGAGAAUCGAGACCCGAAAAUCGAUGAGGAGACCAAGCUGGAGCACUCUAAGUAUUUGGUUCAUCAGCUGCUUCCGUAUUUGAAGAUGAUUAGGGAUGAGCAGGUGAGUGAGAUGGUGGUGGAAGCCAAGAGGCAGGGGUUACGUGACCUUUCGGAGCUCAAGGUGGACAAGGCUAAUUGCGGUGACGGAGUGCGUAUGUACUGCAACAGCUGCAGCACUUCGAUUUUUGAUUUUCAUAGGACUUGUCCCGGAUGUGAGUAUGAUCUGUGCCUCGGUUGCUGCCGGGAGAUUCGAGAUGGCAAGUGGAACAAGAGAGCUCAAGCGUCCACAUUUGAGUGGAAAUGGAGAGCAAGUGAAGAUGGAAGCAUUCUCUGCCCCCCAACACACAUGAAAGGUUGUGGUAAGCAUAAUUUAGAAUUGAGAUGCAUUUUUUCUCAGAAUCAUGUUAUGGAAUUGGUAGAGAAAGCAGGAGAAAUAGAUGCAAGUUACAAUUUUUUACCUGAUCGUAGUGAAACAUGUGCAUAUAAGUGUUCAUGUGUUAAACCUGUGGAUGAUGCCGUUAGCUCAAGUAGCAGCAGCUGUAAGUUAAGGAAAGCAGCUUCUAGAGUUGCUUCUGAUAGUGACUACUUGUUCUGUCCAAGGGUUGGACAAAUCCAAGAUAAGGAUUUUGGGCAUUUUCAGUGGCAUUGGAAGAGGGGCGAGCCUGUGAUCGUUAGCAAUGCACUUGAAAAUGGAUCAGGUUUAAGCUGGGAACCAUCUGUCAUGUGGCGGGCAUUUAGACAGAUAGAGAAAGUCAAGAAUGAUAGUGAAUUGACAUUCCACGCCAUUGAUUGCUGGGAUUGGUGUUUUAUAGAAAUCAACAUCCUCCAUUUCUUUAGUGGAUAUUCCAACGGACGGUCUUAUAAGACAGGAUGGCCUCAGAAUCUCAAGCUCAUUGACUUCCCAUCAUCUGCUGAGUUUUACAAACGUCUUCCCCGGCAUUGUAAGGAAUUUUUAUGUUGUCUGCCUCUCAAGGAGUAUACUCACCCCAACAAGGGAACUUUGAACCUUGCUACCUACUUGCCACCUACCUCAGUAAAGCCGGACAUGGGUCCAAAAACAUAUAUUGCCUAUGGUUUUGCACAGGAGCUUGGACAGGGAGAUUCCGUAACCAAGCUUCACUGCAAUAUGUCUGAUGCGGUUAAUAUUCUGACACAUACAGCUGAAGUGGCCCUUACAACUGAACAACUUGCAACUAUAGAGAAGUUGAAGAAAAAGCACAGGGAGCAAAACGAAAGAGAGAUAUUUGGGGAUUGUCACACAAGUGCUGGAAAUGGAAGUGGGCCUCAGCAAGAGUCAGCUAUAGAGAAGUUGAAGAGAAAGUAUAGGGAGCAAAACGAAAGAGAGAUAUUUGGGAAUUGUCACACAAGUGCUGGAAAUGGAAGUGGGCCUCAGGAAGAGUCAGCUGAAGUAUGUGAGGAUGGAGGUGCCUUAUGGGACAUUUUCCGGAUCCAGGAUGUUCCGCAGCUGGAGAAAUACAUCCACAACCACGUCAAUGAAUUUAUGCAUGUACUUGGUAAUCCUUUGCAGCAUGUUACUCAUGCUAUACAUGAUCAGACUGUCUAUCUCACUGUGGAACACAAGAGGAAGCUCAAGGAGGAAUUCGGUAUCGAGCCGUGGACAUUUGUCCAAAAACUUGGAGAUGCUGUUUUCAUUCCUGCAGGUUGUCCUCAUCAGGUGAGGAACUUGAAGUCUUGUAUCAAAGUUGCACUGGACUUUGUUUCCCCUGAGAAUGUGGGUGAGUGCUUUCAUUUGACGGAAGAGUUUCGCACACUUCCGACAAACCACAGCGCCAGUGAGGACAAGCUGGAGGUGAAGAAAAUGAUUGUGCAUGCUGUUUGUGAAGCUAUUAAGGAGAUUUCUGGUGAGAAUGUGAAGGUAAAGAGGGCAAGGGAUGUGAAGGCAAAGAGGGCAAGGGAUGUGAAGGCCAAGAGGGCAAGGGCUCUGAAGGCAAAGAGGGCAGGGGCUCCCUUGGACGUGUCGACAAUUUGCCAUCAGUGUCAGAGAAAUGUUAAGGGAAGAGUGGUGUGGUGCACAAGGUGUGCGAGGAAGAGGUAUUGUAUUCCUUGCAUACAGAGAUGGUAUCCCAACACAUCAGAGGAAGCCAUUGCUAAGGCUUGUCCUGUGUGCCGCGGCAACUGCAACUGCACAGCCUGCCUUCGAUUGGAUGUGCCUGUCAGGCGUUUGCAGAAUCUAGACCUGAAAAUCGACAAGGGUACCAAGCUGGAGCACUGUAAGUACUUGGUUCAUCAGCUGCUUCCCUAUUUGAAGAGGAUUAGGGAUGAGCAGGUGAUUGAGAUGCUGAUCGAGGCUAAGAGGCAGGGAUUACGUGAUGUUUCGGAGCUCAAGGUGGAGAAGGCUAAUUGCGGUGAAGAUGAGCGUAUGUACUGCAACAACUGCAGCACUUCGAUUUUUGAUUUUCAUAGGAGUUGUCCUGAGUGUGAGUAUGAUCUGUGCCUCAGUUGCUGCCGGGAGAUUCGAGAUGGCAGGUGGAAGAAGAGAGGGAUGGAGGAGAAAGCUCAAGUGUCCACAUUUGAGUGGAGAGCAAGUGAAGAUGGAAGCAUUCUCUGGACACAUAUGAAAUGCUGUGGUAAGCAUAAAUUAGAAUUGAAAUGCAAAUUUUCUCAGAAUCAUGUCAUAGAAUUGGUAGAGAAAGCAGGAAAAAUAGAUGAAAGUUACAGUCAUUUGCGUGCUAGUAGUGAAACACCUGCACACAAGUGUUCAUGUGUUAAACCUGUGGAUGAUGCCGUUAGCUCAAGUAGCAGCUGCUCUAAGUUAAGGAAAGCAGCUUCUAGAGAUGGUUCUGAUGAUAACUACUUGUUCUGUCCAAGGGUUGGACAAAUCCAAGAUAAGGAUUUUGGGCAUUUUCAGUGGCAUUGGAUGAGGGGUGAGCCUGUGAUCGUUAGCAAUGCACUUGAAAAUGGAUCAGGUUUAAGCUGGGAACCAUCUGUCAUGUGGCGGGCAUUUAGAAAGAUAAAGAAGAUCAAGCAUGAUAGUGAAUUGACAGUCCACGCCAUUGAUUGCUGGGAUUGGUGUUUUAUAGAAAUCAACAUCCUCCAUUUCUUUAGUGGAUAUUCCAACGGACGGUAUUAUAAGACAGGAUGGCCUCAGAAUCUCAAGCUCAAUGACUUCCCAUCAUCUACCGAGUUUCACAAUCGGCUUCCCCGGCAUGUUAAGGAAUUUUUAUGUUGUCUGCCUUUCAAGGAGUAUACUCACCCCAACAAGGGAAAUCUGAACCUUGCUAUCUACUUGCCACCUACCUCAGUAAAGCCGGACAUGGGUCCAAAAACAUAUAUUGCCUAUGGUUUUGCACAGGAGCUUGGACGGGGAGAUUCUGUAACCAAGCUUCACUGCAAUAUGUCUGAUGCGGUUAAUAUUCUGACACAUACAGCUGAAGUGGCCCUUACAACUGAACAACUGGCAACUAUAGAGAAGUUGAAGAAAAAGCACAGGGAGCAAGACGAAAGAGAGAUAUUUGGGAAUUGUCACACAAUUGCUGGAAAUGAAAGUGGGCCUCAGCAAGAAUCAGCUGAAGUAUGUGAGGAUGGAGGUGCCUUAUGGGACAUUUUCCGGAUUCAGGAUGUUCCGCUGCUGGAGAAAUACAUCCACAAGCACGUCAAUGAAUUUAUGCAUGUGCUCUGUAAUCCUUUGCAGCGUGUUACUCAUGCUAUACAUGAUCAGACUGUUUAUCUCACUGUGGAGCACAAGAGGAAGCUCAAGGAGGAAUUCGGUAUCGAGCCGUGGACAUUUGUCCAAAAACUUGGAGAUGCUGUUUUCAUUCCUGCAGGUUGUCCUCAUCAGGUGAGGAACUUGAAGUCUUGUAUCAAAGUUGCACUGGACUUUGUUUCCCCUGAGAAUGUGGGUGAGUGCUUUCGUUUGACGGAAGAGUUUCGCACACUUCCGACAAACCACAGAGCCAGUGAGGACAAGCUAGAGGUGAAGAAAAUGAUUGUGCAUGCUGUUUGUGAAGCUGUGAAGGAGAUUUCUGCUGAGAAUGUGAUGACUGAGGUUGUGAAGCCUAGGGGAGGCGCAAGGGAAUUAAGGCAAGGUGUAAGGCUCAAGUCUUACAAAAUGUAAUGGUAUGCAGCAUGGGAAUUAUUAGGGAUGUGAUCGUUGGAUCGUCUAAUCGUUCUUAUGUUGGAUCAUGAGCUGCAAAAGCAGGGCCUUAAGAUCAUGAAGAAGAUGAAGAAGUCAGUUUCAGACUUUGCUGGUAUCAUGGGGAUUGUUGAUAUUUAUAGGCUAGCAGUCAUGACUCAUGAGGUUUAAGGGAGAUAUUGAGCUCUGGUUUCGGUACCUUGAGUUCUGUCGACAGCGAAGGAAUGGUAGAAUGAAGAAGGUCCUGGCUGAUGCAAUCAAAUUUCACCCAAAGGUCCCUGGUAUCUGGAUCUAUGCUGCAGCUUGGGAAUUUGACCAUAAUUUGAACGUUGAAGCUGCCCGUGCUAUCAUGCAAAAUGGGUUAAGAGUUUGCGCAACUUCAGAAGACCUCUGGAUAGAGUAUAUUUUCUGGAUAGAGUAUCUUCGCAUGGAACUCACAUUCCUCAAUAAAUUAAAGGCUCGGAAGGUUGCUCUUGGAGAGGAUGAGGGCACUUUUGCCCGUGAUCAGAAAAGUUUGGAUAAGAAACAGUGGAGAGAUGAGAACAAAGACUUACUCAUGUCCCUUAAUGACGAAGGAGAAAAUAAUGAAAGGUCAGAUGAUGAAAAUGAAAAGUCAAUAAAGAAAAUUAGUAAGUUUCAAGAGCAAGGUUUUAGCAUAUAUGGCUCUUAAUAUGCUGGAGCAGUAGAAGCUCUUCCCUCUAGUUUUAGUCUGAGAAAACGUUUUUUGGAGAUCCUGGAAGCAACUGACUUGGUUAAUUCGGAAGCAAUAUGUAAGGAAAUACUGAGUGAUAUGAAGAGAGCCUUCUCAACAGAAACCAGAGUAUUGGGAUUGGCUUGCAAGACUUGAAUAUAUCCUGCAAGUAGGGAAGAUAUUGGUGAAGAUGUCACACUUUCUCAGAUAGAAAAUGCAGUUCAGGUUUACGAGGAGGCUAUAGAAAUUUUACCUACGGCCAUAAUGCUCCACCAGUAUGGGAAAUUUUUGAAUGGUGUUGUCAAUCUUCUAAAACUAGAAAACAAGCCUUCUGGGUUAGCUAGUCCAUCUGCUGGUUAUAUUCCUCUUCUUUUGAGGGCUUACGAAAAGGUUAAAACAAUGGGGUAUAUUGAUGAGGUUCUUGCUUGUCAGCAUAUUUCAUUUCUUCUGCAACUUUGAAGACUGGAGGAAGCCCAGAAACUGGCAGAAAAUCUUUGUUGUGGAAUA